AUGGUUUUUUUGGUGAUUGGUGUGAUGAAUUGUGUGGCUAGCAGUUUGUUUGCAGGAGGAUGGGCUAAUAAAGAAGAUAACAUAAAAUGGCUGAAACAGCAAACUCAAUCCCACAACACUGGCCAGAAAAAGUUAGCCGGCAAAGUUGCUAUAAUCACCGGCGGAGCCAGCGGCAUCGGCGAAGAGACGGCGUGCUUGUUUGCUCAACAUGGUGCAGGAAUGGUUGUGAUUGCAGACAUCCAAGAUGACUUGGGUAACCUAGUAGCAGCAUCCAUUGCCUCUCACAGGUGCAGCUAUGUCCGCUGUGACGUGACAGAGGAAGUGCAAGUCAAAAACCUCGUGGACUCCACAGUCAACGCUCACGGCCAGUUAGACAUCAUGUUCAGCAACGCGGGCAUACUCAGUUCCUCUGACCAGACAAUCCUCGACCUCAAUCUCUCCGAGUACGACCGUCUCCUCGCCGUCAAUGCGCGGGGCAUGGCGGCGUGCGUGAAGCAUGCGGCGCGGGCGAUAGUGGAGCGGCGCGUGAGGGGCAGCAUCGUGUGCACGGCGAGCGUCUCGGCGUCGCACGGCGGCCUGUGGCGCACCGACUACGUGAUGUCAAAACACGCGGUGAAGGGGCUCGUGCGCGCCGCGAGCGCGCAGCUUGGGGUGCAUGGUGUUAGGGUGAACUGCGUCUCGCCGAGUGGGUUGGCCACGCCGUUGACACGUGGCGCGCAUGCGGCGAUGGAGACGCAUGAGUUGCAGAAGCAGUACGCGCAGAGCUCUUGGUUGAAAGGUAUCGUUUUGACGCCGAAGCAUAUUGCGGAUGCGGUGCUGUUUCUUGCGUGCGGUGAUUUGGAGUUUGUAACCGGACACGAUCUUGUGGUGGACGGUUGUUUUCACGGUGCUUAGUCUGUGUUUGUUUUCUCCCUGAACAAGCUCCAAACAUACAUUCAAUUGCUGAGUUUGUGGCAAGAAAUUGGGUUAAAUUCUCAUGUAAUGCAUGUUUUGAGACAGACAAAUUUUAAGCUUGAAUUAAAGAUUAGUUUGCUCAAAAGAUCGGAAUUUGGAGGAAUACAUGGUGGUUAAGAAAAUGAUGGAUAGUAAUAAUACAUUUGCCAUCAAUUAAUGAGUGUGUUUGUUGCAUGAAUUAAAAGUUGAUUUUCAUAAGAGUAAUGUUAUAUCCUUUUACAA